AUGGCAGAGCGGGGGGGGGCGUCGGUGGCGGCGGCCGCCAUUUUGUGCGGGGCGGCAGGCUCUGCAGCCGCGUCGGCCGCCCUCGCCGGGGCUGUGAGGGAGGGGAGCGCCGGGCGGAGGCCGGCCCGGAGGAGGCGGCGGCGGCCCAUGCGGUGCGGCGGGCCCGGGCCGCGGGAGGCGGAGGAGAAGGUGGUGUACUCGCGGUCGCAGCUGUCCCUGGCCGGCAGCACCCGGGCGCUGGGCGACGCCUUCAAGCUGUUCAUGCCGCGCAGCACGGAGUUCAUGAGCUCCGACGCCGAGCUGUGGAGCUUCCUCUGCAGCCUGAAGCACCAGUUCUCCCCGCGCAUCCUGCGCAGCAAGGACGUCUACGGCUACUCGUCCUGCCGGGCCCUGGUGCCCGACCCGGCCCCGGCCCCGCUGCCGGCCCCGGCCGCGGCCCCCGGCGGGACCCGCCGCCGGAGACGCCGAGGACCGGCCGCCCGCCCCAGGAGGGCCGCGGCCCCCGCCGCCCCGGCCCCGGCCCCCGCCCCCGCCCCGGCCGCCCCCGCCGCCCCCUUCGGCGGCCGGUCCUUGGAGGAGAUCUGGAGGGCCGCCACCCCGAGCCUGACGGCCUUCCCCACCGUCCGGGUGGGCGGCGACGUGUGGGCCCGGCGGGGCCUGGCGGCGGCCCGGCGCCGGGCCCGGCGGGUGCUGGGGGUCGACCUCGACCCCGUCGUCCGGCUCCGCCGCUUCCCCGUGGCCGCCCCGGGCCCCUGA